AUUUCCCCCUCUCUCGCCCCUCUUUCUGUGUCCCUCUCACCCCAUUUCCUUUUGUGUGUGUCCAGACCCCCCCUCCCUGUCUCUUUCUCUCUCUCUUGCUCCCUCCCUCUCUCUCCCCUCUCUCUCUCCUCACUUGUGUUCAGACUCUCCCUACUGUCGGACGUUUCCCUGUCGCUCUGCUCUCUGAGGAUUUUCUUCUUCUUUUCUUCUGAAGGACCAUGUCCCGGUCCAGCAGCAGGACCCCCUCUGCCCCUCCUCAUGACAUGAAGCACUAAAGUCUGAGGAAACAGCUCCCCCUGCUGGACCCCUGCUACAACUGCAGGCCAUGGCUGAACCUUCCUACACCGACCUGAUCUCCAAACACUACAACCACACGGGAAAGUUCAGGAAGACGGAGCAGGACUCAGGUCUGAAGGCUGACUCUGUGGUCUUCAUCAUUGUGUGCUGCUUCAUCAUCCUGGAGAACAUCCUGGUCCUCACCACCAUCUGGAGGACCAAGAAGUUUCACAAACCCAUGUAUUACUUCAUUGGGAACCUGGCGCUGUCAGACCUCCUGGCAGGUGUGGUCUACACCGCUAACAUCUUGCUGUCGGGAGCCAACACCUACAAGCUGACGCCCACUCAGUGGUUCUUCAGGGAGGGCAGCAUGUUUGUGGCGUUGGCCGCCUCGGUCUUCAGUCUGCUGGCCAUCGCCAUCGAGCGCCACCUCACCAUGCUGAAGAUGAAGCUGCACAACAACGGGAACACCUGCAGGGUGUUCCUGCUCAUCAGCACCGUCUGGAUGAUCGCGGCGGUUCUGGGAGGUCUGCCAGUUAUGGGCUGGAACUGCAUCCAAAGCAUGAGCCACUGCUCGACCGUCCUGCCGCUCUACCACAAGACCUACAUCCUUUUCUGCACCACCGUCUUCAGCGUCAUCCUCCUGGCCAUUGUGGUCCUCUACGCCCGCAUUUACGUGCUGGUCCGCACCAGGAGCCGCAAACUGGUUUUCCGUAAGGGAACCAAUGGGCGCAGCGGCUCCUGUGGAAACAGCAAAAGCUCGGAGAAGUCCCUGGCUCUGCUGAAGACCGUCAUCAUCGUCCUCAGCUGCUUCAUCGCCUGCUGGGCGCCGCUCUUCAUCCUCCUGUUGCUGGACGUAGCUUGUGAGACGCUGACCUGCUCCAUACUCUACAAGGCCGAGUGGUUCCUGGCACUCGCCGUCCUCAACUCGGCCAUGAACCCUCUCAUUUACACCCUGACCAGUAACGAGAUGCGCUCGGCCUUCCUCAAGACCCUGCUCUGCUGCACCUCCUGCAUCCGACCACAUAGGAAGUGCAGCGGACCUAUCGUGGGUGUGGAGUUCAGCCGCAGCAAGUCGGACAACUCCUCCCACCCCAACAAGGAGGAGAUGGAGUACUCUCCAAAGGAGAGCACCGUGGCAUCGUUGGGAAAUGUCACCUCGUCGUCAUAAACCCUGGAACAUUCCAGGAAUGAGGAGUUCCUUAACUUGGACAACGUUGGUGUUUGAACAGGAGUUCUUGGAACUGAUCCCUCUGUAGACCAGUGGACAGAACCAGGGGUCAGGAGGAGGUCUGGAGUGACAGAGUUUCAACAUGGAACUGAUCUCCAGAAUCAGACAUUUUACUGACCCUGUUACUAGAACCUGUAAAACCUGAAAGUAUUUAAGGAAAAAAACGUUUUUGAUUUAGUUUUGCUUCUCAUCAAUUCAGGUUAAAAACACCUUGAGCCGACAUUGAGCUCAUAUGUGUUCCAGAAAUUCAAUGGUUCUUGCUUACCCUGGGUGAUUCCAGAAAUAUAAAAGUUCCACAACAACAAAAGUACCAGUAAAAUAAUUAGUCCUUGGAACUAUUUAAAAAAGUGUCACAAUUACAUUUGGUGAGUUCAUUCUUCAGAUGAAUCUGAUCAUAGGUCAGAGGUCAAAUUACAUCAGUCAAGUUUUUGUCAUUCAGUUCUCUAAUUCCUGUGACACCAAACAGUCCAAACAAUCAGUCACAUGACUUCCCUGGAACCCGUUCCAUGGUCCAAUACAGUCCAAUAAAACAGUUCUGUUUUUGGACCUUGGUUUUAAGAAAAUCCAUCAGUUUUUUCUGACCAACCAGCUACACAUUGGUACCAGUACUGUCCCCGGUUCCUCCACUUAAAAUGUUCUGGUUUUUCUGGUUCUGGUUCCUGUGAUGAAAAUGUACCUAUUGACUUCCAUCACAAGCACUUCUUUUUAGGAGCAGCACUGUCGCCCCCUAAUGGCAAACAGCACUAUUUGCUCCAGUAUUCAGUGUCGAGGUCACUGUGGUCCAGAGGCUGAACCCUGACCAGACCUCCUGAGGUCCAGGUCGUCGGUGUGGUCGUCUCUUUAAUCUCUGCGUGUUUUUAACUUUGAUCCUUGUCGUCGUAGUGAUUUUAAUAAAGACAGAAACAAUUGCA